AUGAAAAAAGUCACGAAAGCCUAUAAACCAGUAUAUAUCACAAAAAAAGAGCGGCAAAAGGCCAAGACACGGAGAAGGAUGGAUGCAGAGUCGUGUCUUGUUUCUUAUGUCAUAGCUCUUCUAUCAAAAGACAAUGAAAUUGUUAUUAAUCUCCCACAUACACACACCUCUAAAACUCUGCCAUUUCCAAAUAUUGCCUCUAUCUCAUCGAAAGAUGGAAGAGUCGAUUUUCAAAACUACAUCAAGAAGAGGUUGUACGAAAAAAUGGAGUUGGAAAAAACGAUGGGAAGGAUGGAAAAGACCGUCAUACGAAGGACUCAGAACUACAGGCGGAAAGAGAUCAUCGAGUAUAUCGAAGACCUCUUGUAUAUCCAAACGGGCAUUAUAGUGUUUCACCAACUCGAGAAGGCACAACUCAUUUUUAUCAACAAGGGGAAGGUGGAAAUCGUUGCGACCAACAAAGUCAUUGUAGAAAAUGGCCACAAAAUUUCCACAUUCAUUGAGACUGAACUUAACGAAAAGAAGAUGAUUACCUUACGACCUGAGGAUUAUUCCCGAUAUACCAAAUAA